AUGGACGAAUCAGCAAUGGAAGUUGUUCCAAUGGACGAGAGCUAUAAAGCAGCUCCUAAGAAGUACCCGGAGAGACCUAAAAAGAGACAUUCCAUUCAUAAUUCCUCUUCAUUCAUUAAUGUGGAUAGUCUACUGGAGGCAUCACUAGUCUCACUAUCAUCACCUAUUACUAGGCAGGGGCUAAGAGAAGGUGGUAUUAAGAGACAAUCAACACUAGCCACUGCUUCAAUAGCCACACCCACUCAAUCCGGUCCCGCUGUUACCACGGCAACAGAAGGGGGCGGGGCAGUCCCCAAUAAACAAGACACGGCCAGAUACCACAUUGUCAAAGAAUUACUAACGACAGAAAAAAAUUUUGUAAAAAUCCUCAACGUAAUUGUCAAUGAGUUUAUGAAGCCGUUAGCUACUCCAGGACAGAGAGGAGGGCAGUUACUGACUAACGAGAAUGUUAAAAGUAUUUUUGGUAAUAUUCCUGAUAUACUGAGAGUACACACUGAUAUAAUGAAUGGACUGGAGGAAAGGAUUAAUAAUUGGGAGAGCAAUACUUGUAUAGGAGACAUACUACUAGGACAGGUACGGUAUAAUACAUGUACAUUAUGACUACAUGUACAUGUACAUUAAUGUAUUAAUGUAUGGGUUUUUACCAUGGACUAUAUACCAUACCUUCAAGGUCUCAUAUUACUGAUAGAGACCGAGAAGGUAUGGUAUAUAUGAUAUAUUCUAUACUUACUGUAAGAUCAAAUAAGACCACCAUUGAGCAUUUAUAAUCAUUGGUAGUGACAGCUGAUGGAGUAAAUUUGACUAAAAGAGGUCUGUUCUAGUCAUUAGAGUGUCCUUAGCUACUUGCAAGAAACUGGCCACUA